GGUACUCAUCUGAAAAAAGGGAACAAAGUGAUUGUUCCUGUUCUGUUUCUUAAGUCACUUUAAACACUGUCCCUGCAUGAUCCUGAAGUAAACUGCUGAGAGUGGGACAGGGAGCAGGAGAAGCGUAAGGGGAAAAGAUACAGAUAUAACUGGUCCUCCUCUGCACACUUUGAAUAAUGCAGGCACAUGUAUAUCUAACAGAAAGUGAAGAUUCAAGGCACAAAACAGGUGCAAAGAAGCCCACCUUCUAUCCACACUGCCAACAGCCUGAAAAUGCAAAGCACAGCGGUAUGCCUGCACCGUAUGGUGAGCAAUACACCAACCCCUUCCCACACUACCUAUAUAAACGGCAAACAGAAAAUCUACAUGAAUUUAAUGAGGAACUAGAAAGUAGUUCCAAGAAAAGAAAGAGCUUUCCCAGCAAGAUGUCCAGCACAGGGGAAAAUACUGAUUCAAGUCUGCAAAUAAUGGAAGAAGAGAAGGAUUUUUUGCAGUCUAGACUUCCUUUAAUGUAUCCAUUUUCUCACUUUCCCGGUUUUAAUUCAAAGAUGAUUGACUUGUGUAACCUUGGCAUCCAAUACUAUAGAACACUGGACCAUUUUUGGGUCAGACCCAUAAAGCAAGAACCAGUAAUGACAAAUGUAAUGUGGCCAAAUGGACCCCUAUAUCUACAUUCUUCCUACCCUUACUACCAAAAAAGCUAUCCUGGCACAAUGUUUCCAUAUCAUAUGGCACCACAGAGCAUCCACACCAGUAACCAUCUUGGCAUUAAGAGGCUAGAUGAAGACGCAAUGCAUAAAUCUAGCGUUAGCGACAGUGAAGAUCAUAAACAAAAGGUGGAAAGGGUAGAUGUAAAUAUUCAAAUUGAUGACAGCUUUUAUGUGGAUAUAGGUGACCAAAAACGCUGGAAAUGCCCAAUGUGUGAUAAGUCAUACACUUCCAAAUAUAACUUGGUAACCCAUAUUUUAGGCCACAGUGGCAUAAAACCCCAUGCUUGCACUCGAUGUGGGAAACUGUUUAAACAACUAAGUCAUUUGCACACUCAUAUGUUGACGCAUCAGGGAGCACGACCCCACAAGUGCCAUGUUUGUCACAAGGCCUUCACCCAAACCAGCCAUCUGAAAAGACACAUGAUGCAGCACAGCCAAGUGAAACCUUACAGCUGCAGAAUAUGCGGCAGGGGCUUUGCUUAUCCCAGUGAGCUUAAAGUCCACGAAACCAAGCACGAGGGUGGGCGAGAAAAUAUCUGUGUUGAGUGUGGCCUCGAUUUUCCCACCCUGGCCCAGCUGAAGAGACAUUUGACAGCCCAUCGGGGCCCUGUGCAGUACAAUUGCACCGAAUGUGAUAAAACAUUUCAGUACCCCAGUCAGCUGCAGAAUCAUAUGAUGAAACACAAAGAUAUUCGGCCUCAUAUCUGCUCAGAGUGCGGGAUGGAAUUUGUGCAGCCCCACCAUCUGAAACAGCAUUCUCUAACUCAUAAGGGAGUGAAGGAGCACAAAUGUGGAAUUUGCGGCCGAGAAUUUACCCUGUUGGCCAAUAUGAAGAGGCACGUUCUGAUCCACACAAAUAUCAGAGCCUAUCAGUGUCACCUCUGCUUUAAAAGCUUUGUCCAGAAGCAGACGCUUAAAGCUCACAUGAUUGUCCAUUCUGAUGUGAAGCCAUUCAAGUGCAAGCUUUGUGGGAAGGAAUUUAAUCGUAUGCACAAUUUAUUGGGGCACAUGCAUCUACACUCUGACAGCAAGCCCUUCAAAUGUAUAUACUGUCCCAGCAAGUUCACUCUGAAGGGGAACCUCACAAGGCACCUGAAAGUGAAACAUGGCGUUACUGAGAGGGGCUCUCGAGGGGCGGGGAGAGGAAGAGCAAGUUUAUUCCGCUCUAUCAUCCUGCGGAGCAUGGAACAGAAAGAGCCCUUUGACCUUUCUAAGAAGAGGCGGUUAAAGGAAAACUUGUGCCAUUCUGAUGGAGAAAGUAUAAAAAGCAGCUCCUCCCAAGAGGAUAAAGAUGAAUCUCUCAACAGUCCAGGAAUAUAUGAACAGGAAAUUAGAUACCCAAGAGAAGGGCCGCAUGGUCACCCUUCAAGUGCCCUGAGAAAAUCAUUGAGUCCGGAGCUGGAAGCUGCUACACACAGACGAAAGGAUGAAGACAGAAUCAGUUACAGUCACCAAAUGGAAGAGGCACAAAAAGAACUUCGCAUGACAGAGAGGCAUUGUGAACUGCCUGCCUCAGAUUAUUCAUAUAAUCGCAAUAACACACAUGCAGAUGAAAUGUCAAACAAAGAGCUGAAAUGAACCUCCAACCAACACAACACCCAUGAUCAUUCAAAGAUAUGACUUUAUAUUAUUAAAGAGUAUUUUCCAUAUAGAAUUCAGCAAGACACAAAUUUUACUUUUUGGAAAGCUUUUUUUCUAUUUUACAUUUUUGCACAUGUUAAACAUUGAGAAAAAUUGGCCAAAUGCUCCAGAUUUGUGUAACUGCUGCAAUGUUUAUACUACACUGGUCUCCUAAACCUUGUGUUUGCUUCUUGGCAGAUAGACUAAAGAAAACACAUAUUGCAUUAAAGCCUCAGCACCAAAAGAUCCAAGGAGCUUUGAAGGCCAGUGUAGAACAUUUCAGAUCUAUAUAUGGCUUUAAAUAAUUGCUACUGAGCUUUUUGUGGAAUAAACCAUUUUCAUUUCAAAA